GGCCGAGCCCCUCGUCUGCCUUAUCCAGGCCUUAGUCCUUUCUGCGUCCGGUCGUCCUUCGGCAAGGGGGUCCGUCGCUUCGGAAAAGAAGCGUCUGGAAUCCUCGAACCCUGCGAACUCCCCCGUCCCCAUCUUGUCGUCUCCUCCUCGCCUUCUUGGUCUUCAUCUUCAUUGAUCCCUUGUUGUUCCUCUCCCUCUUUCUCCCGUUCUGGUGCUCUCUCUUCAUCUUCCAAUGGAGACCGAUCUCGAGAAGAGGGCGAAGGAAGCCUUUGUCGACGAUAACUUCGAUCUUGCCGUGGAUCUCUACACGCAGGCCCUCGACAUGGACCCCAAGAACGCCGAUCUCUACGCCGACCGCGCCCAGGCCAAUAUCAAGCUCGACAACUUCACUGAAGCUGUUGCAGAUGCAAAUAAAGCGAUCGAGUUGGAUCCUUCAAUAGCAAAAGCUUACUUGCGAAAGGGAACUGCCUGUAUCAAGCUUGAAGAAUAUCAGACUGCAAAGACAGCUCUUGAAGCAGGUGCGUCGUUGGCACCUGGAGAUUCAAGAUUCACACGAUUGAUCAAAGAAUGUGAUGAGCGUAUUGCAGAGGAAACUAUUGAUUUGCCCAAAAAAGUGAUGCCAAAUGCUUUACCAAGCACAAUGUCUCCUCCAUCAAAUAUAACUGCUGAAAUCAGAAAGGAUCCUCAGUCCCCAAAAGAUUCACCCUGUCAAUCUGCAGUAAUCCCGAACAAACCGAAGUACAGGCAUGACUAUUAUAAUUCUUCUACAGAAGUGGUUUUGACAAUUUUUGCUAAGGGUAUUCCAGCUAACAAUGUAUCUGUUGACUUUGGUGAGCAAAUGUUAAGUGUUAUAAUAGACAUCCCUGGGGAGCAAAAAUAUCAUUUUCAACCUCGUUUAUUUGGAAAGAUUAUACCAGAAAAAUGCAGAUACACGGUCAUGUCUUCCAAAAUUGAAAUCCGUCUUUCAAAAGCCGAACCUAUCACGUGGACGUCUUUGGAAUUUAGUGACAAGAGAACAGUCCCCCAGAGGAUAAACACAUCAUCAGUACCAAUGUCCAAGAGACCAUCUUACCCGUCAUCAAAAGCUAAAAUCGAUUGGGAUAAGUUGGAAGCUCUGGUAAAAAAGGAGGAGAAAGAGGAGAAGCUAGAUGGUGAUGCGGGAUUGAACAAAGUGUUCCAGGAUAUGUAUCGAGAUGCUGAUGAGGACACAAGACGAGCAAUGAACAAAUCCUUUAUUGAAUCUAGUGGCACAGUGCUCUCUACGAAUUGGAAGGAUGUGGGUUCAAAGAAGGUAGAGGGAAGUCCACCUGAAGGGUUGGAGCUGAAAAAAUGGGAGCUCUGAUCUUAUUGCUGAUACUAUCAUGGUGCAGCUUUUAUUGGCAACAUAGCUGUGCAUCUCAGUUCAAGGAUGGAAGUAUAACUGUACAAUUUCACUCUGGACCAGCUUUUUAUUACAAAGUGGCCAAUGUCACAUGUCUUUCAAUGUCUGACACAGCUCACUAGAGGUUGAUUUGAUUUUUUUUUUUCCGGAAGAAUGCAGUUUUUGGGGUUGUUUGUGCUGAAGUUCUGUUGUUUUAUUCAUCCGUGGCUUGUGAAGGUUUCUCUUCUUUUUGUAUGUUUGGUUUGAACCUGUUGUAUUUUGGUCCACUUUUUCUGUGUCUGCACAAGGAGAGCAUAUUUGAUCUGGCCAAAUUUGGUACCCUAUCUGGUCCUUUACUGAAA